AUGAGCUCUACGAUACCUAAUAUUUUGGCAAAUUUGUCUUCUUUAACGCACCUCGGUCUUUAUUAUUGUGGUUUGCACGGGGAAUUUCCAAAAGACAUCUUAAAGCUAUCAAAGUUACGGCAUCUUGAUGUGGGAUACAAUGAAGGCCUCACCGGUUAUUUGCCUGACUUUACAUGGAGUAGUCCGCUUGAGACAUUGGAUCUCUCAUCAACGAGUUUCUCAGGUGAGCUACCCGCUUCCACAAGAAACUUUAGCUUCCUGACUUACUUGAGUAUGCCGGGUUGCAAUUUUUCGCGGCCCAUUCCAUCUUCACUUGGUAACCUCACUAAACUCAUUGUUCUUUACCUUUCCGAUAACUAUUUUGUGGGUAAUGUUCCGCAUUCACUUGGAAACCUUGUUCAACUAUCUUCUUUAGACAUUUCCAACAAUCAAUUGACAGGUCCAGUCCCUUUAAUUCUUGGAAACCUUGUUCAACUAUCUUCUUUAUACAUUUCCCACAAUCAAUUGACAGGUCCAGUCCCUUUUGAGGUUUUAAACUUACCACAACUGUGGCAUGUUGAUCUUAGCUAUAAUUUUUUGCACGGUGAAAUGCAUCUUGGGCUUAUGAACGGGACACGAUUGGCCUUCCUUAAACUGAACAACAAUCGGUUAAGUGGCCCACUACUUACUUUUGGGCCUACAACUCUACAAUAUCUGGAUCUUUCUAAUAACUUGUUCACAAGCUUUGGUCAACAUCCAACUUUUCUUCCAUGGACUCAUCUAAAAUUUCUUGAUCUCAGAUCCAAUUCGCUCAAAGGAUCACUUCCUAUUCUGCCAAUCAAUACUUCACAUUUUUAUAUUUCAAACAACUCAUUGACCGGAAAUAUACCAGAAUUAUUUUGCAAUCUGAGAUCUCUCGAAGUCCUUGAUUUGGCUAGUAACAACUUAAGUGGUUCACUUCCUCGAUGCUCGGGCAACUUUGGUGAUUCUCUAUUAAUACUUGAUUUGCAAAGGAACAAAUUUGAAGGAAGCAUUCCAAAAAAUUGGAUAAAAGGAGGCCAAUUGAAGAUAAUCAAGUUUAGUCAAAACAAAUUUCAAGGGAAUUUACCGAGAUCACUGGCCAAGUGUACGAUGCUAAAGGUCCUUGAUCUUAGUGAUAACCAAUUCAAUGGUGGAUUUCCAUUUUGGUUGGGACGUCUUCCAAAUUUAGAGGUCCUCAUUUUACGGUCAAAUAAAUUCAACGGUUCAAUGGGGACAAUUCAAACUUAUUUUAAGUUUCCCAGAAUACGAAUCUUUGACAUCUCCUACAAUGAUUUUAUGGGAAUACUGCCAUUAAGACUUCUUGAGAAUUGGAAGGCUAGACAAAUUGAGAAUGUGGGUUUGUUACCAUAUAUUUAUGAAGAUCAAUUAACCAAAAUACAAACUAGUGGUGGAUUCUAUACCUAUUAUUCUAAGACGUAUACUUACUCCAUGAAUUUGACAAACAAAGGCAUGAAUAUGUUCUACGAGAAGGUCCUUGAAUUGUUCAUAGCCAUUGACUUCUCAUGCAACAAAUUUGUCGGUGAGGUUCCGAAAUCUAUUGAAAAUUUGAAGGGAGUUCAGUUGCUCAAUCUUUCCAAUAACUAUCUUAACGGUCCCAUCCCACCAUCUUUAGGGAACCUUCUAGCUUUGGAAGCGUUGGACCUUUCUCAAAACAAGUUAUCAGGGGAGAUUCCACAACAACUAACACAACUUACUUUCUUAGGAUUCUUCGAUGUUUCUCAUAAUAAUCUCACGGGACCUAUACCACAAGGGAAACAAUUUGGUACAUUUGAGAACAAUUCAUUUGAAGGGAAUCCAGGGUUGUGUGGGAGACCAUUGACAAAGACAUGCAGGAAUUCUGAUGAGCCGACUUCUCAACCUUCAAUCUUUGAAGAAAGUCAAAAUUCUGGAUCACCAUUUGAAUUUGGUUGGAAAAUAAUUGUUAUUGGAUAUGGAUUUGGAUUUGUUGUUGGAGUAAUAAUUGGGCCCAUUGUGAUCGCAAGGAAGCAUGAUUGGUUAAUGAAGACCUUCUGA